GCUGCAGGAGGCGGUGCCGUGAGGGCGGGGCAAGUGCCGCCCUUCGGCUCCCUUCGGCUCCCUUCGGCAGCGCUCGGCAGCGCUCGGCAGCGCUCGGCAGCGCUCGGCAGCCAAUCGGCGCGGCGGGCGCCUUCCCGCCUCGCCGCGCUGUCGCGUGCCGUGCGCGCUCCGUGCUGAGGGCGCGGCGGAGCCGGCGCUGUCCGGGCCCGGCGGCUGCAGCGGGGCCGGAGCCUGCGGGGGCUUGCGGAGAGCGGCUUGCUGUCUGCAGCCGGAGGAUGACAGGAAGAGCCAGAGCCAGAGGAAGACCUCCCAGACAGUCACCUGCUCUUCCUGCUGUAGGAGAUGCACCUGUCCAGCAGGGUGUGCCAGGCCAGCUGCGAGGGCAGCAGCAGCCCCAGCAGCAGCCCCAGCAGCAACAGCCCCAGCAGUUCCAUGUCCCUCCAGCACAGUCAGAGGUGCCCGGGGGCCACGGGCGCCUGCGUGGCUGUGAGAAUGUCCUGCAGGAGAGGAGGCCAGAAGGAUUACAGGUUUCCUCAGGGCUCCAGGAUUUGUCUUUACGAGAUAGGGGUGGUCGUCGCAGAGAUUUCCAUGACCUCGGGGUGAAUACUCGACAAGCCAUGGUGCACGUUCAGGAAUCCAAAACUGGAUUUUCGGGGAGGAUGCUCAAGCUGACCACCAACCACUUCCGGCUGACGUCGCGGCCGCAGUGGGCUCUGUACCAGUACCACGUUGGCUACAGCCCCGAGAUGGAGGCACGGCGCCUGCGCUCCGCCCUGCUCUUCCAGCACGAGGACACCAUCGGCAAGACGCACGCCUUCGACGGCACUAUACUGUUCCUGCCAAAGAAACUGGAGAAUAAGGUUACUGAACUGUUUAGCAGGACUCGAAAUGGGGAGGAUGUGAAGAUAACAGUCACACUCACUAAUGAGUUGCCACCUACUUCACCUACUUGCCUGCAGUUUUACAACAUCAUUUUUAGAAGGCUUUUGAAGAUGCUGAAUUUGCAGCAGAUCGGCCGUAAUUAUUACAAUCCCAGUGAUCCAAUCAGCAUCCCUAAUCACAGGCUGAUGGUGUGGCUGGGCUUCACGAGUUCCAUCCUGCAGUAUGAGGAGAACAUCAUGCUGUGUGCAGACGUGAGCCACAAGGUUCUCCGUGGGGAGACAGUGCUGGACACUAUGCACAGCCUUCACUCCCAGGUUGGAGAGGAGAGAUUUAGAGACGCCUGUGCUAAAGAGCUGAUUGGUUUAAUUGUUCUCACAAAGUACAAUAACAGAACGUACAGAAUCGAUGACAUUGACUGGGAUAACAAUCCAAAGGGUACCUUUAGAAAAUCAGAUGGUUCUGAGAUGAGCUUUGUGGAGUACUACAAAAAGCAAUAUAACAUAGAGAUUAAUGAUAGGAUGCAGCCUGUCCUGAUCAGCCAGAUGAAGAGGAGAGGGAACGUACAAGGAUCUGUGGCUCUCAUUCCAGAGCUGUGCUUCCUAACAGGACUGACUGACAAGAUGCGCAGUGAUUUCAAUAUGAUGAAAGACCUGGCCAUCCACACACGGCUGCCCCCUGAGCAGAGGCAGCGCGAGCUUGGGAGGCUCCUGACCUACAUCCAAAAAGAUGACAAUGUUCAGAAGGAACUCCGAAACUGGGGUUUAAGCUUUGAUUAUAAAUCAGUGUCCUUUACAGGAAGAGUUGUUCAAGGAGAAAAGAUCUUUCAGUCAGGAACCAUGUUCGAUUACAACCCUCAGUUUGCUGACUGGACCAAGGAGACGCGGGGCGUGCCGCUGAUCCGCGCGGUGCCCAUGGACAGCUGGCUGCUCAUCUACAGCCGCCGCAACUACGACGUGGCCAACACGCUGCUGCAGAGCCUCUUCAAGGUCACCCCGUCCAUGGGCAUCCGCAUGAGCAAGCCCAACAUGAUUGAAGUAGAUGACAGAACAGAAACUUACUUAAGGGUUUUGCAGCAAAGGGUUACCCCUGACACAAACAUAGUAGUUUGUAUUUUGUCUAGUUCCCGAAAGGAUAAAUACGAUGCCAUCAAGAAGUACUUGUGUACAGAGUGUCCCAUCCCCAGCCAGUGUGUGCUGGCUCGCACUUUGAGCAAACCACAGACCAUCAUGACGGUAGCAACCAAAAUUGCCUUGCAGAUGAACUGUAAAAUGGGUGGAGAACUCUGGAGCGUUGAGAUCCCCCUGAAGCAGGUGAUGAUUGUGGGCAUUGAUUGUUACCAUGACACCGUCACCGGGAAGCGGUCCAUUGCCGGCUUUGUCGCCAGCCUGAACCAGACAGUGACACGGUGGUUCUCCCGCUGUGUUGUUCAAAGUCGUGGGCAAGAACUUGUGGAUGGAAUCAAAGUCUGCUUGCAAACUGCUCUAAGGAACUGGUCCAAGUGGAAUAAGUGUUUGCCCUCUCGUAUUUUUGUGUAUCGCGAUGGUGUUGGAGAUGGACAGCUCAAUACUUUGGUUAAUUAUGAAGUGCCUCAAUUUCUGGAUUGCUUGAAGAGUAUUGGUACUGACUACAGCCCAAAACUCACGGUGAUCGUGGUGAAGAAACGAGUGGGUGCCAGGUUCUUUGCAGAGAUUGGUGGAGGACUCAGAAACCCACCCCCUGGGACUGUUGUUGAUACAGUGGUGACCAGACCAGAGUGGUAUGACUUCUUCAUCGUGAGCCAGACGGUGAAGAACGGCUGCGUGGCACCCACGCACUACAACGUGGUGUACGACACCAGCCAGCUGAAACCCGACCACGUGCAGCGCCUCACCUACAAACUGUGCCACAUGUACUACAACUGGUCGGGUAUUAUCAGAGUACCUGCUCCUUGCCAAUACGCUCAUAAAUUGGCUUUCCUUGUUGGCCAGAGUAUUCACAGAGAACCAAACCUGAUGCUUUCAGACAGACUGUACUACCUUUGA